GAAGCGCCUCGGGGAUAGGAGGGGCGCAGAGGUGGGCGCCAGGGCAGGCUCCAUCUUCAGAAGGGCCCUCAGGACUCGGGGCUCCUCUCCCAGCCCCCCCUCAGGAUGCCAGCCCAGGGCCAGUCUACUUCUUGGACCCGAAGAUCACCCGCUUUGGCCGCAGCUGCACCCCUGCCUACUCCAUGCAAGGCCGGGGCAAGUGUCGGGGUCUGGAGGUGACACCAGGCCCUGGGGCCUACAGCCCAGAGAAGGCACCCCCUAUGCGUCACCGGACUGCCCCAGCUUUCACCCUGGGCUCCCGCCUCCGCCCGAAGCCCCUGGAUACCUCGGUCCCUGCCCCCAACGCCUACACCAUGCCCCCCCUCUGGGGCUCACAGAUCUUCACCAAGCCCAGCAGCCCCAGCUACACAGUGGCGGGCCGCACGCCCCCUGCUCGUCCCCCGCAGGAUCCUGCUGAGAUACCAGGCCCAGGCCAGUACAACAGCCCGGACCCUGACACCUACCGUCAGCGCCAGCCCGCCUACACCAUGUUGGGGCGGCCUCGUGCCCCACGGCCCCUGCAGGAGACACCCGGCCCCGGCACCCACAGCCCUGAGCAGGUCACUGUGAACAAAGCCAGGGCGCCAGCGUACACCAUGGGUAUUCGCCACUGCAAACGGGCCUCCACCAUGGCCGCCGCCACCACACCCUGAUGGCCUGUGGGGCACAGGCUGCCGGCUGCCUCUCCUGGGCCAAGUCUCAGUUUCCUGAGCUGCGAAGGGGGGUGUGGGCAGGCCUCUCCUGGGGCCUGGC